GACCAAAUGAAUUGAGUUUUUCCGAUGGACUAUUCCAUUAGCUGUAAACAUUUUCGGCGUGCACGUUUGAUGUCUUCUAAUCCUAACCCUGUCUGCCACAUACACACGGUGCAGCUUUAUGGUGACGGAAGCUUCUGAGCGAGUCCCAUUUACAUUCCCCUGCAUACCGGUUUUGCACCAUUUUUAUCCCAUUUAUUUAUUUACAUUCAAGGCGAUGCCUCAUGUCGGCUAGGAUAGGCUUCAGCUCACUCGUGACCCCAAUGAGGACAAGCAGUAUAGAACAUGGAUGGAUUUUUGUUUAAAAAAAAAACAAAAACAAAAGAAAAUCGUUUUUUUGGCGCGUGUAGUGUCCAGUGUGUGCUUUCUGUUGUGAGGCAGCGAGUGCCCCUUCCUUUAUGUCUUUGUGUCGCAGCUAAUCAGGAUUAGCUCCUGUCACAGAUCAUCCAUUGCCGCUUCUGCUUCCUGUUUUUCUUGCCCUCGCUGUCGUCGUCCCGCGAUAGUAUGCCCUUAACAUGCGGUCUGUCCUCCGUUUUAUCUCCAUGUUGAGUUGAGAUUAAGGCCAGCGCGGUGCCGCCAUCGACCUGUUCUCUCAAGUUGAUCCGCUGCUGAGCGCAUAAUGGGAUCUGCAAUCUGCAACCUCCCCAACCUUUUUCUUGUUACUCCUGUUCAGCACUGAAGCUUUCGAAGGUGACCUGCUGGACUUGAAAGUCUUUAUACCUGACACACACUUCGUUGUAAUCAAUGAUGAGCUCGCAGUUCCAAACCCCAGUUUUCGAAGAAGUUGGGACAUUGUGUACAACGUAAAUAAAAACAGAAUACAAUGGUUUGCAAAUCCUUUUCUUCCUACGCGUAUAUUCAAUGGAAUACACCACAAAGACAAGAUACAAUAUUUUAAAGUUCAAAUUGAUCCACCUCUGCGUUUUUGUGCAAAAAUUCACUGAUUUUGAAUUUGAUGCCAGCAACGCGUUCCAAAAAAAGCUGGCACACCUGUGUUGCAUCAAUUAUCCCUUUAACAACAUCCAAUAAGCAUUUGGGAACUGAGGACACUAAUUGCUUUUGUAAAAGCUUUGUAGGUGAAAUUCAUUUUUGCUUGAUGUACAACUUCAGCUGCUCAACAGUCUGGGAUCGCCGUUGUCGUAUUUUGGAUUUCCUAAAGAGCCAAGCUCUUAUAACGUGCGGAAUGUGGCUUGGCAUUGUCAUGCUAAAAUAAGCAGGGACAUCCCUAACAAGACGUUGCUUGGAUGGCAGCAUAUGUUGCUCCAAAACCUGUAUGUACCUUCCAGCAAUAAUGGUGCCUUCACAGAUGUGCAACUUACCCCCAUACCGUCACAGAUGAUGGACUGUGAUCUUUGUGUUGAUAACAAUCCAGAUCGUCCUUUUCCUCUUUAGUCCAGAGGACAUGACGUUCAUCAUUUGCCCCAAAAAUUUGAAAUGUGGACUCCUCAGUCCACAGCACGCUUUUGCACUUUGCGUCAGUCCAUUUCAGAUGAGCUCGGGGCCAGAGAAUCCGGUAGCGUUUCUGGGUGUUGUUGAUACAGUGUACGGCUUUUACUUUGCAUGGUAGAGUUUUAACUUGCAUUUGUAGAUGUAGCGACCAACAGUGUUUUGUAACUGGUUUUCUGAAGUGUUCCUGAGACCACGUGGUUUUUAAUGCAGUGCCACCUAAGGGAUUGAAGGGUACGGGCAUUCAUUGUUGGUUUUUGGCUUUGCAAAUGAUUGUAUUCUGUGUUUGUUCAAUUUUGCACACCGUCCCAACUUCAUUGGAAAUUGAGUUUGUCGAUGCACAUUAAAGAGGUGCACCUCAGUCAAAUGGAAUAUAAUGAACAAAUUCAUUUGAAUACAUCCAUCCAGCCACCCAUUCUCUGUUCCGCGGGUUCUCAAUGUGCCAGCUCAGCAACUCCGUACGCCCGUUGACUAACGUGCACGUGAUAUGGUGUUCAUCCACUAAUCAAUUCGAUAGACGCACCGUAGAGGCUUUAAUGACCUGUGCUGGGAUCACUAACAACGACACAGCUUAUACUAACAUAUCAACUCACAGGUUCUUACAGGUGUCACAGCAACAGGAUCGUGCAGGUCCCGCUGCGACAACUGUGGAGAACCAAUGUUCGAGACUGCUCGAACUUCAAUUAGAAUGGUGCUAAAAGUUUGCAAAAUUGUCCAACAAAAUCAGGGAUAUGAAAAUGUCAACUUCAGCAAAUGUUUCGCCAGGUGCACUAGAGAACUGAAAAAAACCUCCUCCAACACGUAGAGGACUGUAAAUCCUCCAUACACGCAGUAGGCAUCGGAAAUCUUGUUUUUAAAACAAACACGAAUAAGACCUCAACAUUACAAUAGUUAAUUGCUUUCCCCACAAAAGGCAAUCUAUUCAAAAUCAACAAGGACGGAUAAAGAUUGAACUGCACGCCCGCAUCUCCAGCUCCAGUCCAUCUUCCCUGGCGGAGGUAGCAACAGUUUGCAUUGCUUAUGUGCGUCAACACACUUGACUCAUCCUCCAUCUGGCCCCGAGUCCAGGAUCGGGCCUUAACCUUUAGGUGGUGCUCCUUAAUCCAGUUAUGCUCGGGCAGCCGCUGUGGAAGAUCCCCGCGGAGCUGUGUCACACUGUGGAUCUUUUCGACAGCAGGGGCAUGCAGGGCCACCUGUAGACCCUCAGGAUGUUCAACUGGGUGGUGAAAGUGGUCCCCCAUCCCCCCGGAUCCCCUCACACAGAUGCCGAAAUCAAUAAUCCUGCUGAGAUUAAACAGGAGUGCUCCAAAAACAGAGUUGCCAAGAGUCCUCCACUGAAGAGCACAGGUGAUGCUUCAGAAGACAGUCAGUGCCAGGCGGGAGUCUUAGGUUGGCUGUCCAAUGGCUUUGCCAGCGCCCUGCCUCAGCCCGCUGGCUCCCCUCACCUGGAUGGCAAGUCUGUUGGGGAUGGAGAAAGGUCGGGAGUGAUGGGCUGGGUCACUCAGAGUCUGACCAAGGUGCUGCCGCAGCCCGACGACAAGUACAGAGAAGUCGACGAUGGCAACCAAGAGGCGCACACGGAGGUCUACGAAGUUGAAACAAUGCCAGAUUACGACCCGUUCCCACACAUCCCCGUGGUGGAGCUGGUGUCAGAAGAUGAGGCAGAGGAGGACGACGGUCAAUUUGUGUUCCCCUCAACCGUGGUGACAUGGCUCAAGCAGAAGAUCCCUCAGCCGGUUCUAGUUCCUCCUGGUUCCGUGCCCAUUGAGCCCAAACCCAAAAAGACUCCCCGCUCAUCUUUGGACAAAAGUACAUACUUUACGUUCCUUGUUCUCUCUCCACCACCUGAAUCUCUCAGUGGAAUCUCACUGGACACUGACGGCAAGGCCUCAGCGAUGGCCGGCUGGUUCGUGUCCAGGCUUGGCUUAAAGAUCCCUCAGCCUGUUCUUCCUCAAAAUGACAUCGAGGCCGCAGCUGAGGUUCUAAAGACAGCCUCGACAAAACUCAAUCCCGACAUGGUGUUAGAAGACGUGGAUUCAGACAACGAAGGCCAACACUCCUCAGGCCACACGCGGCAGGCCACGACACAGAGGAGACGGUCCGGUUCCUCCAUGCACCUCCGCAGGUGUGCUGAGACAAACCAAGUACUGCAAGCGUCCCAUCCAGCCGUUGCUGAAAUUCUUCAGGAGGACGCUGAGACCCAAACAGGCCGUUGGACGCCAUUCGUUGAAAGCAUCAAGCGGGAGGCCGAGGAUGUGGCUUUGGCCACCAUGGAGGAACGUUUGCUGCAGGAGCGCGUGGAGAUGGCCGCCAUGGCCGCAGAAGUGGCGAGGCAGGCGGCCGAGAUGGCCGUACGACAGCUGGCCAGCGAGGGUCAGUCCAUCAAACUCUCACUGGGGAGCCAAGAGCUGCUGGAAGAGCCUGACGCAGAAAAAGAGGAGCUUCUUGCCGUUGAAGAGCAGGAGGAAAGCCAAGCUGAGGAGCAAACCAUUAUUGAUGAAGUGAAAACCAAGCAAGAGCCCGAAGAGGAGGCCGAGCCACGAGUGAUAUCCCCCCCUGCCCCUCCGAGACCCCAACCGGUGAAGGCUUUUGAGCCGGAGCGUGUUCAACAAGUAGUGGUCCAAAGCCAAGAAGAGGAGGUUUCGCAAGUUGAGCCUGUAACCCAGCAGCCACAGAAGGCUGAGGAAGACGCUCAGGACGCCAAGACUGCUGAGAAGGAGGAUGCCACUGAAGACGAGUGUGGCGAGAGUUCACGACUCAGCCUCCGUCCAGCUGUCAACGUUGAGGAUGUCGACUCGCACAGCGAGCGAGCCGGGGAGGGCAAACGGCAAGAACUCCUCACCCCUCAGGACCCCAAACUAACAACCCUGACUGUCCCUGUGACCCCGACAGGAGGUCGACAAAGCAAAGGAGAUAACGAUGAAGGAAAUCGUAGGACUAUCCGGACAAAGAUUUAUAACAGUAGGCCGCGGCAAUCUCAAAGUGAAGAUGAUGAUGAGGAAGCAAGCAUCCCUGUCAGAGCCUGGCCCAGCCAGUCCAGCAUCCGCAGCACCGAUGACCCCUCGCGAGAACGUCCGUCAUCAUCCGCCAGUCAGAGCAACACGGCGGUCAAUGAGCGUCUUCAGGAGCUCGUCCGCAUGUUUAAAGAGAGGACGGAGAGAGCUAAAGAGAAACUCAUAGAUCCUGACAGCUCUGAUGAGGACAGCAUCACCCCCUCUCCUCCAAAGGCCCCAGCGCUGCAGCCUGCUCCUGCUAUUCAGCCUGUGGACAAGGAGGAUGCCGAGGAGCUCCCUGGUCUUUCGAGUGGAAAAGCCGAGAGUGAGGCCGAGGAGGAGAAGUCCGACCGCCAGGUGAAAUCCCCCCGACGGGCACGAGGCUAUGCGCGCUACCGCUUCCCCACCAGCAUUGACCCCUUCACCAAUUUGAUGUACGUGCUGUGGAUGUUCUUGGUGUGUUUGGCAUGGAACUGGAACGUGUGGUUCAUCCCAGUGCGUUGGGCCUUCCCCUACCAGACGCCAGCCAAUAUUUACUACUGGCUGCUGACCGACUACCUUUGUGACCUUAUUUACAUCCUGGACAUCACUGUCUUCCAACCACGCCUGCAGUUUGUCCGCGGAGGGGACAUUGUUUGUGACACAAAAGAAAUGAGAAAAAAUUACGUGAAAACAAAACGUUUCAAGUUUGAUGUGGCCAGCCUUGUUCCAUUGGAGCUCUUCUAUUUCAAAACUGGCAUCAAUCCUCUUCUACGCCUGCCUCGGUUACUCAAGAUCAACUCAUUCUUUGAGUUCAAUGAGCGUUUAGAGGCCAUCUUGACCAAAGCCUAUGUCUACAGGGUGAUUCGGACCACAACCUAUCUUCUGUAUUGCCUUCACUGCAACGCCUGCCUCUACUACUGGGGCUCUGCCUACAAAGGGCUGGGCUCCACCAAGUGGGUGUACGACGGCAAAGGCAACAGUUACAUUCGUUGUUACUACUUUGCGGUAAAGACCCUCAUCACAAUCGGGGGGUUGCCAGACCCCACCACCCUGUUCGAGAUCAUCUUCCAGCUCAUCAACUACUUUGUGGGAGUCUUUGCCUUUUCUAUCAUGAUUGGGCAGAUGCGUGACGUAGUUGGUGCGGCCACAGCUAGUCAGACAUACUACCGCACCUGUAUGGACAACACCAUUAAGUACAUGUCUUCAUAUCGCAUCCCAAAAGAUGUCCAGAACAGAGUCAAAACCUGGUACAACUACACUUGGCAAUCACAAGGCAUGCUGGAUGAACAGGAACUGCUGACUCAGUUACCGGAUAAGAUGCGUCUGGACAUUGCAAUAGAUGUCAACUACUCCAUUGUCAGCAAGGUCCCACUCUUUCAGGGCUGUGAUCAACAGAUGAUCUUUGAUAUGUUAAAAAGCCUGCGCUCAGUUGUCUACCUGCCAGGGGAUUACGUCUGCAAAAAGGGUGAGGUCGGUCGGGAGAUGUACAUCAUCAAGGCAGGGGAGGUGCAGGUGGUUGGAGGACCAGAUGGGAAGACAGUUUUCGUCUCUCUCAGCGCCGGCUCGGUCUUUGGCGAGAUUAGUCUGCUUGCAGUGGGCGGGGGCAACAGGCGCACUGCAAAUGUCAUCGCUCACGGCUUUGCCAAUCUCUUCAUCCUGGACAAGAAAGACCUGAACGAGAUUCUGGUCCAUUAUCCCGAAUCCAAGAAACUGCUGCGCAAGAAAGCCAGGAAGAUGCUCACGAAAGGGAAGAAACCUGAACCCAAAGAAGAAGCCAAGGAGCCUGCCCAGGUCCAGGUCAGCCCUGUCAGGCCCGAGACUCCCAAACUGCUGAGAGCGGCCCUGGAGAUGACCGAGAAAUCCACUGGACUCAAAGGAGCCAUGGCUCAAGUCAGAGAGAAGACCAACAAGUCUAGCGUCUCGCUGCAGGCAUCCAUCUGGUCUCCUUUGCCAUCCCUCGUCUCCACGCCCUCAGCCACUCCCGCCAGCUCCGCCACGUUUCUCUCCACCAUUGCCCGCUUCAAUGACAACUGACUUGUCGCUUUCCCUCACGGAGGACAUGCUGCCAAUGGAUCAUAGGCAGGAGGGCAUAGGUGAGGAGGAGGAGGAGGAGGAGGAAGGUGGGUAGAAGGUGUGACAGUAAAAAGAACUGUUUGUUAAGUCAUCGUACGGGAAGAAGGAAAUGAUAUGCUGGUGCACACAAAGGUCAACUUUAAGGGUUUUAUGACUUACACCUGAUGGCCUGCUGGAGGGGUAAAGAUAAAGGACUUACAUAAGGAAAGAAAGUACGCCAUGUCCUAUUUACGAUAUCGCACAUUGAUCUGCUGGCUUGUGUGUGAUCGGAGCUCUCAGCUAUCGACGAGCUGGCUCAACUUUGCUUUAAACGUGCUCUGACGUCUACUUCACUGAGCUGUAUCAUUGUUUGGUCAUAACAUUAUGAACAAAACCUAAUUGAAUCGUCUUCACGCAACCUCCAAAAAGGCAUUUGUUUUUGCUGUUGUUGAACGAUAAAUGUUUACAUUUUUUGGGUAAAUUCAGUUUGCCUUACUUUGACUUUGUGUUGAUGUCAAUAGCUUACACUGCUGAGGUUUUAUUUCCCUAGAUGAUGCUCAAAAGCAAGUAAAGGUGUUUUAAAAAUGUAUAUGAACGUACUUUUCCCAUACAAAAUGAAGCUGUGAGAUAUUCAUACUGUUCAUUUUGUUUGAUUUGUGAUAUAACAUUAAUGAUUGUUCUUUGAAUGUCCAUGUUAAUGGAGCUGUAUUGUGAACAUUAAUUAUAUAGCUGCUUUGAUUAUUAAUACAACCACAGACCAGUUUAAAGCAGUUGACAAUCAGUCAAAUCAAUAUUGUUUCUCAUUGGAGUGUAGGCAUGUGUGUGCAUGUUUGUGCAGGCUGCAUUAAAUGGAUUCAUAAUCACCGUAUCAUUCAUAUGUUGUAUGUAUAUCAUAAUGAUGUCUGUCUUACAUUCUAAUUAAAUACAUAAUUAGG